AUGAGGGAUGUUGUCGUUCAUGCUGGUCUGGAGGAUGAAGUGAAGACCAGACAGAGGGAGACUCGGGGGGGGGGCAAUCUGAAUACAAGCCCCCAUAUGCCGGUCUCUCAGGUGCUACGAGACGAGGACUGCCCCUCCAUGCUCGUUCCUAGUAGACCAUUUCUCCAGAGAUGUCUCCCUGACUUCACCUCUUUGAAUGGGACGGUGACUGUGGCUAACAGGACCAGCUUUAAAGAUGCUCUGGAAAUGGCCCGCAGUGUCACUGAACUCCAACAUGCAGCCAAUGGUAUAACAGGACUGGUGGACACCAAGGAGCUGGGGUUGAAGAUAGUGGAAGAUUAUGCCAAGACAUGGGCAUGGAUAAUCAUAGGUCUGCUCUUAUCCCUGGCUCUGAGUCUGAUCUUCAUCCUGCUGCUGAGGUUCACAGCGGGCCUGCUGCUGUGGACCACCAUCAUCACCUUCUUACUGCUGCUGGCCUACGGUAUGUGGUACUGCUCCAUGCAGUUGUCCAGGCUGAGAAACUCACCUGGCUCUGAUGUUGCCAUAGUAGCAGUGGGUAUGCAGACUGACCUGCAGGUCUACCUGCAGCUCUCUCAGACAUGGAUCCUAUUAUUGGUGUCUCUGGCAGUGACAGAAGCAUGCAUCCUGUUGAUGUUGAUCUUCCUACGGAGAAGAGUGCAAGUGGCCAUCGCCCUGCUCAGAGAGGCCAGCAAAGCCAUCGGUCACAUCAUGUCCACGCUCUUCUUUCCAGUGGUCACCUUCCUCCUUCUGACUCUCUGCAUCUCAUACUGGGCCGUCACUGCAGUUUACCUGGCCUCCUCAGGUGAUGCAGUCUACAGAGUCAUGUCACCUGAUGUCAGCUGUCAGUAUGCCAACAGCACCUGUAAACCUGAGGUACAGUGA